AUGUAUAUUUUUCACCAACUUUUUUUCCUUUCCAUAGCAUAUUAUAGUUUGUUUGCAAACAUUUUGGUUGAAGGGAAGAAGGCAUCUCUAGGACAAGGUGUUUGUAGAUUUGAAGAUCAAAAUUUUCAAACAGAGUUUUUUCUGAAUGUCCUCAAGGAAAACAAGUUAGAAAAUUUAAAAGAGGAGUAUGACAAAUACAAAACGCAAAGUGCUUUGUAUACUGGCUUUGUAAUCGAGAAACAGUAUGAAUACCAAAUAUUUCCCUUCCAAAUUAGUAAUUUACUUCGAGUAACAUUUUGUAGAGGGRGUAAACCGGUUUGGUAUAACUCUCUUCCUUUUCAGAAUGAUUUAGAUUGGUCGCAACCGCUAUGCGUUCCAACUGUAGAAGACGACGCUGUCUCACAAAACCAUUCCAUAUGUUUCAAAUUUGCAAGGGUACAAAAAUAUACGCAAAGAAACGUGACACUUUAUUUUCCCAAUAAAUUCGUUGGGUUCGUAUUUUUCUGCAACUCCUCUGGUACAUUCCCUAAUUCUAGUGAAAAUUAUGGCACGGUUCCAUUGACACCUAUUAUAUCUGAUAAUAUUAGGGAUUACAAGACUUCUUGGAGGAUAAAAGGCACCGUCACAAAAGUGAUUCCCUAUUUACAUACUUUAAGUAUCCCAAUGUCUCGAUACGAGAUGCUAACAGACCCUGAUCAUCAUAAUCCAGAGCAAUUGGAAUACAAGUCCUUAACUUCAGAAUUCUUGGGGAGCUAUAAAAGCCUUGAAAAGCUUGGGAGCAAAGGAAUGUCUUGGUUAAAUGGGAUAGAUCCCAUGGAAAAAUACGACAGAAUUAAAAGCGAGAACGUUUGGCACUUUCAUGAAAACUUUGAAAAGACAUUAAACAAAAUUGGACGAAACAUUGAGAAGCCUCGUGCUGCUUUGAUAAGAACAAUAAAUGCACGAUCCAAUGAUGAACGCAUGACAAGGAGGAAAUAUUUGAAAAAGAAGGUUUCUAGAAUGCUACGAAGCAGAAUACCUUUGCAGAAUUGA